AUGGCCCUCAGUUUUCCCGUCAUAUUUCUUCUAUCUGCCAACCUCGGAUCGAAAGAAUUGCAGGACCUCGAGGAACAAAUACCCACACUCACCUACGAUAUCAAUGAAGCCGAGGUUAUUCUGGGCAAGAUCUCCCGCAAGGAGCGGGCGUUGUUCGAACUCAGGAAACACAAGCUCGUCACCGAGGAGAUCCAUUCCUUAGAGCGCUCACCAUCCACACCUACAACCCCUGACCGGAAACGCGCCCGGCUACAGACGCCGGCCCAGGCUAGCUCCGAUAUCGACUCGGACACGGCAUCAGACAACGAAGUCCAGCGGCGCCUGGUAGGGCCAGCCCCUGUCGUACCAACGGUCAAGGUGGUCAAGCUUACCUGGUUUACCGACUCCAUCCAAGGAGGGGAGGUGGUCCCAAUCGACGACUAUGUUGUCUACGAAGGCCGCAAGGUGCCAAAACCGCCCGUGGAAGCGCCGCAGCUCGGGCCGGCAGAGAAGGCAGCAGAAGUCAUACAGCGCGCUCUUGCAGAUGCUGGCAGCACCCUGCUAAGGAGCCCGCGGCCGGGGCCACCGCGAGGAAGAAGGGGCGAGACCUACGUCAGCCACCCCGUCCGGCCCACCCUAGUCCGGCAGAGCACAUCGGAGCAUGAAAUAGAGACGCAGCUACCGCCAAUACCAGAGUACCUUCAUACCACUUAUUCAUGCCAACGUCCGACUCCGAAUCACCCACCAAACGAGGCCUUCAUCGAGGAGCUAGCCAAGAUCAAGACGGCCCGAACAUUGACGGGAGACAAGAUCGGAGUACGGGCGUACUCGAGCGCGAUCGCCACCAUCGCAGCCUACCCCGCCCUCACAGAAGUAGCCAGGCUCCCGGGUUGCGGCAAUAAGAUUGCCCUUCUCUUCCAGGAGUUCCGAGACACCGGUCAGAUCAGGGAAGCGCGCGAGGACGAGUCAGACCCCAAGCUCGCCGUGCUCAAGCUCUUCUACAACAUCUGGGGCGUGGCCGAGACGACGGCGCGGGACUUCUACAACCGCGGCUGGCGCGACCUGGACGACAUCGUCGAGUACGGCUGGGACACGCUCACGCGGGUACAGCAAAUCGGCGUCAAGUACUACGACGAGCUGCAGCUGCCCAUCCCGCGCGCCGAGGUCGAAGCCAUCGCCGGGGUGAUCCUCGCGCACGCCAACCAGGUCCGCGCCGGGUUCGAGAUGGUCAUCGUGGGCGGCUACCGGCGCGGCAAGGCGGCCAGCGGCGACGUCGACGUGGUGCUGAGCCACCGCGACGAGCGCGCCACGCAGGACCUGGUCGGCCGCGUCGUCGUCGGCCUCGAGCGCGCGGGCUACGUCACCCACACCCUCUCGCUCGCCACCACCAACUCGGAGCGCGGCCAGGCGCCCCUCGCCUGGAAGGGCAACGCCCCGCGCCGCGGCAGGGCCGGCGCCGGGUUCGACACCCUCGACAAGGCCCUCGUCGUCUGGCAGGACCCGAACCCGAACCCGGACCUAGACCCAGACCCAGACCCCGCGCGCAACCGCAGCCGCAACCCCAACCCGCACCGCCGCGUCGACAUCAUCGUCAGCCCGUGGAAGACGGCCGGCUGCGCGGUGCUGGGCUGGACGAGCGGGACGACCUUCCAGCGGGACCUGAGGCGGUACUGCAAGCGCGAGCGGCUGCUGAAGUUCGACAGCAGCGGGGUGCGCAGCCGGCGCGACGGCGCGUGGGUCGACCUGGAGAGCGGGCCCGACGGGAAGCCCGCGCCGGAUAUGCUGACGGCGGAGAGGCGGGUGUUUGAGGGGUUGGGGUUGGAGUGGCGGCCGCCGGAGGAGAGGUGUACUGGGUGA